AUGAGAGAUAACUUGAAAGAGCAUCAUUCAAAGGUUGAAGAAUUAAGAAACGAAACUAUGGGAAAACUUAAAAUUGAUAAAGAGACGCAGACAAAACUCUUCUAUGAUUACGCGACAACACUCAACAGAAGUAUCGUCAAGCAAAACCUUCAAAGAAAAACAAACCAUAUAAUAUCGAUAUUGGGCCUAUUCGAACUAUCGGUUGGAAACUAUCCACGAGCUGAAGGGAUAUCGGAGCUAGCAGCAGCUAAGUUGGCGAUUCACCAUGUCAACCAGCGAGCUUUACUGCCUGGCUACGAACUACACUUAUUAACUAACGAUACUAAGUGUGAUCCGGGUGUUGGAGUGGACAGAUUUUUCCACGCUCUCUACACUGAGAGAGAAUCUCGUCUCAUUAUGUUGCUUGGCACCGCCUGUUCUGAAGUCACCGAGAGCAUUGCAAAAAUAGUACCCUAUUGGAACAUCGUUCAGGUAUCUUUCGGUUCAACAUCUCCAGCGCUCAGUGAUCGUUCAGAAUUUCCCCUCUUUUGUAGAACAGUCGCCCCGGACUCGUCGCACAAUCCAGCUCGAAUAGCCUUCAUAAGACAAUUCGGCUGGGAUACUGUGACCGCAUUCUCGCAGAACGAAGAGGUUUACUCGUUGGCAGUCAAUGAGCUGGUAACUCAACUGGAGGCGGCCAACAUUACUUGCGCAGCGUCUAUUACAUUCGCUGAAACAGAUUUCAAGGAACAACUACAACAACUUAAGAAGCUCGACACGCGGAUUAUUAUAGGCAGUUUCUCCAGGGAGAUGAUACCAAAAAUAUUUUGUGAGGCUUACCGGCUGGGUAUGUUUGGGGCGGAGUACGCCUGGCUGGUCGCUGGGGCACCUCCUCGUAUUCGUGGAGUAGCGCCUUGUUCACGAGCUCAUCUCGCACGAGCCCUGGAAGGAUUGGUGUCGGUCACGUCGCAUCGAGGAAUACUUGGAGAUGUAGUAUCAUAUUCAGGACUUACGAACGAAAUGUUUUAUCGGGAAAUGGAAAUGGCCGGUGCAACGAUAUCACCGUACGCACCCCACACAUAUGACGCUGUGUGGGCGAUGGCCCUUGCAUUGAGCAGAGCUGAACAGUUAUGGAAGAACCCACAGACCGAUGGAAAUAAAUUAGAAUUACGACAUUUCGAUUACGAUAGAAAGGAUAUGGCGUUGGAAUUUCUCAACCAAUUCGCGAAUCUCAGUUUCCUUGGUGUAUCAGGACCCGUCUCGUUUAAUGGAGCGGAUCGGAUAGGCAUGUCCGCCUUCUACCAGAUACAAGGAGGAAGGCCAAAAACUGUGGCGCUAUAUAGUCACGGGCAUGAAAUGUCUUGCUCGGAAUGUACGAAACCUCAAUGGGCUGGAGGAGUACCAGCGGCGAGAAGAGUUCUGGUCUUGAGGGUCGAUUCCGUCUGGGCGCCCGCCAGACUAGCGGUGGCCACCAUGUCGGCCGCGGGCGUGGCACUGUCUCUGGCUUUUUUGGCAUUUAAUUUGCAUUAUAGUAAGCGAAGAUUUAUAAAGCUGUCGUCGCCUCGUCUGAACAAUAUGACGUUGAUCGGAUGCGUGUUAGUGUACACUGCGGUUGCUCUACUCGGAGUCGAUAAUGCGAUUCUACCCUCAUAUGUACCAUUCUCCGCCUUAUGCACUAGCAGAGUAUACAUACUAUCUGCCGGAUUUUCAUUGGCGUUUGGAUCUAUGUUUGCCAAAACAUAUCGCGUUCAUCGAAUAUUCAUUAGUAACAGAAGCGGAGUAUGCAAAACUAAAUUGCUCCAAGACACUCCUCUCAUAUCAUUAGUUUGCGCUCUUCUUGUUAUUGACGGUUUAAUCGUAACUUUGUGGGCUAUUGUGGAUCCUAUGGAACGUCACUUGAAGAACUUGACUAUUGAAAUUAGUAGCACAGAUCGUAGUGUAGUGUAUCAACCCCAGAUAGAGGUUUGUAAAUCACAAAACACGACAGGAUGGUUAUGUGCCCUUUAUGCUUACAAGGGCCUGCUGCUUAUAGUCGGGGUUUACAUGGCGUGGGAGACACGAAACGUUGAAAUAUCAGCCCUAAAUGACUCUAAGUAUAUUGGCAUAAGUGUAUAUUCCGUUGUGAUUACAAGUGCUAGCGUGGUAGUCAUUGGCACUAUUAUCUCAGAAAGGGCUACUUUGGCUUACAUAACAAUAACUAGUUUAAUACUCAUAGCUACGACUUCUACGUUAUGCCUACUUUUUUUGCCUAAAAUUAUAGCGAUUCGAAGAAAAGCUGAAGAUGAUCCUGUAAUACAAAGCAUGGGAUUGAGACUAGAGUGUAAAACUAGACGAUUUGUGACAGAUGAAACACAAGAAUUACACUUCAGAAUAGAAAUACAAAACAAAGUAUACAAGAGGGAAGUGGCAGCUUUGGACCGAGAAAUUGGAAGGCUUGAAAAAUUACUUGCGGAACCUUUAGAAUUAUCUACUGGAUCUAAUACAUCAGCUUUGUUGCAUAAGAGAUCGGAACUGAACCCAGUUGAGGAAGAAGAAGUACGUCCAGCUUCAACUCGCACGCCAAGCGUGACUGGCGGUUUGCCUGUGCUGUUACUGUCAGUCCUUCCACCAGUCAUACCUCGCGCCAGUUGGCCAUCUGAUACUUGUAGAAGGACAUCUGUCAAUUUUAGCUCACAGCCCAAACUCAACCGUAAAUCUCAUCCAGCUAUAGAUUUAUAUAAUCUAUGCCUGAACCGACGUGAGGAAAACCAAGGAUGGUUGAGUAGAAUAAAAAGUUUCUUUGGAAGCAGAUCUUCAAGCCGCAAGGCGUCCACAAUGUCCAUAGCAGAUCCGACUGGACAAAGCAUUGCUGCUGCCUUGAAGAUGCAUGUAGGCAUGAUUGCUGGUCUGGUUCCCGGUAAUAGGAAACAUUCAAUGGUACUAUCUUGUAAUACAUUACAUGUACCACAUCCAGAACUAAAAUUGAGAAGAGAAUCGUAUGCCAAAAGUGGACCUAUAAUACGGAUAACUGAUGAUGAUGCAAGUUGCUCCAAAUACACGUCAAAUAAUAGUAUUUCUUCAGGUCCUCAAAAAUAUAUAGCUGAGCCUGAAACGAAGGUAAAUUUUGUACUUCCAGCAACACAUAAGCAACCUAUGUCUCAUCAAAAUUCAUGUGAAAAGUUUAAAGGUUCCCCAAGGUUUCCCCAUCGAAUAUCACCGGCGGCUUCAAGCUUAAUAACUUUAAAUAGCAAAAGAAAAACAAGCGCUGACAGCGUAUUUCAUAUAUCCGAUGGUGGCUACGAUGAACAUCGUAGAUACAGUCAUCAAAAUGUAAGCAAUAGGGAAUAUAAAAGUAAAAAUGAACUUGAAAGUCGAUGGAAAUCAACAGAAGAUGCUAUUCCUGGACCUUCAUCUAGCCACUAAUUUAAAUUCUUAGAUUACCCAAGUUUAGUGCCAAAUAAUAAGUCAGUUUUUAAUUAUUAUUUUAAGAAUUUGGAGCCAAUUUUAAGAUGACUCGUUAAAAAAUGCUGUAAGUAUACCAACCUUAUAAAUUAGAAUCUGUUUUCAUAUAAAGUUAUAGGAGAAUUUAUUAAAAAAAAAAAAUAUUACAAUUAUUACUUACGAUUUAUAUGUCGUUUAUGAGAUAUUUCUAAUGUUUAGAAACAUGUAACUAAUAUUAGGAAAAAUAUGUGAGACACAACACCAAAGAGUAGUUUAAUGUUCUAGGAACUUAAGAUUAUAUCCUUAAUAUUCCUGUAUUUUUGUACAUUAUUCCUUUGAAACUUUGUUGUUUCCGAAAAUAUAAAAUAUUACAUUAUUAUUCACAA